GUUUAGUUCUACGUAGAGGGUGAGGGUAGAGGAGAGAGCCCAUCGUCAAACCCCAAUCCCCCCACACCCUCGUCGCCGGCGCCGGCUCCGGCGAAAACCCUAGCGAGCCAUGGAGAGGCCCGGCCACGGCGGCAUCGGCAGCGGCGGCGGCAGCAAGAACCCGCCGCCCUCUGGGAAGAAGGAGGCGGGGGAUGAGGAGUACGGGGGAGGGUACGACCGGCUGGACGAGGAGGUGGAGUUCCGGCUGCCGAGGGGGCACCGGCCGGUGGAGAACCUGGACACGGAGGGGCUGGAGCAGGCCUCGGUCGACACCCGGCUCGCCUCCUCCAACGUCGGCUUCAGGCUGCUGCAGAAGAUGGGAUGGAAGUCCGGCAAGGGCCUCGGCAAGAACGAGCAAGGUAUACUGGAGCCAAUAAAAGCUGGUAUCAGGGAUGCAAAAUUAGGAGUGGGAAAGCAAGAGGAGGAUGACUUCUUCACAGCUGAGGACAAUGUACAAAGAAAGAGAUUAAAUGUUGAACUUGAGGAGACCGAAGAGCAUAUUAAGAAGCGUGAGGUCACAGCAGAACGUGAGCAGAAAAUCCGCAGUGAGGUUAAGGAGAUACAGAAGACGUUCUUUUGCAGCCUCUGUAAUAAGCAAUACAAGCUGGCAUAUGAGUUUGAGAGUCAUCUAAGCUCAUAUGACCAUAAUCAUAGGAAGAGGUUUAAGGAAAUGAAAGAAAUGCAAAGCGGCGGCAGUGGCAACCGUGAUGAUAGGCAGAAACGUGAGCAGCAGCGAGAAGAGAAGGAGCUGGCAAAAUUUGCCCAACUGGCAGAUGCUCAUAGGAAGCAGCAGAAAGAGAAGCAAGAACAACCAGAUAUCUCAGGAGAGCAAGCUACGUCAAAGAACUUGCCGACCCCGGGCAAUCAGGAUCAGCGUCGAACAUUGAAGUUUGGCUUCUCCAAAAUGACCCCUUCCAAGGCACCUGUUGGCAGCAUGAGCAAGAAGCCAAAGAUUGGCACCAAGGUCCCUUCCGUCUUCGGAAACGACAGCGACGAGGAGGCGUGAUCUUCCUUUGCCGUCAGAUGAUACCUGAGAAAGGAGGGGAAUGCCGGCCUUGUCAGCAGAUUUGACCCUGAGAAGACACCAUGGAUGUAAUGUGCCGCUGGUUUGACCAGAUGCGGAUUGAUAGCGGCGGCAUCUUGGCCAACCCCAUGAACAAACAGGGACUUGGACGUUGCGGUGUCAAUUGUAUUGAACUGAUGGUACGUUGUAAGAGCAACUCUGUCUGUCUGUACUUCCAUGUUGAUGAGAGUGGUGGUUAACUGGCUUGAGCCAUGGCAACAAGCUGGCAACUAGAAGAAGAUGGCCGGCCCUCCCUUUGUUGGGGCACGUUUGUAUCA